AUGUGGCAGCGGGCACGGAGAGGUCUCACAGCGGGGGUUCUGGGUUGGCUCCGCUCCCGCCUGCCGCUAUUAUACCAGUAUGGACGGCCUCAGCCGUGGAGAGGGGAGUGCGGCGCCCGGGCCCUCAUCCGGGGGUUCCGCUACAAACCGCGGCCGGGGCGGACGGGCAGGCUGCUCGCAGCACUCACCGGGGCCUUCCUGUGGGAGGACGAGAGAGUCCGGGAGGACGAGAUACUCCGGUAUUGCACUGCGCGACGGAAUAUGGGGGCGCUAUGCCCAUUGUAAUGCGUGCAUUGUACUUUAUGGCAGGAGUUCCAUGUGACAGUGAGUGCACAUACAGCACAGAUAGUGAUCCCAUCAGCACGAUCACACUUUAAUACCAUCAGCUGGAUGCUGGGAGUUGCAGUCUACUGGAGACUUUGAUCCCAUCAGCUGGAUGCUGGGAGUUGCAGUCUACUGGAGACUUUAAUCCCAUCAGUUGGGUGGUGGGAGUUGCAGUCUACUGGAGACUUUGAUCCCAUCAGUUGGGUGGUGGGAGUUGCAGUCUACUGGAGACUUUUGAUCCCAUCAGUUGGGUGGUGGGAGUUGCAGUCUACUGGAGACUUUUGAUCCCAUCAGUUGGGUGGUGGGAGUUGCAGUCUACUGGAGACUUUUGAUCCCAUCAGUUGGGUGGUGGGAGUUGCAGUCUACUGGAGAUUUUUAAUCCCAUCAGUUGGGUGGUGGGAGUUGCAGUCUACUGGAGACUUUUAAUCCCAUCAGUUGGGUGGUGGGAGUUGCAGUCUACUGGAGACUUUAAUCCCAUCACCUGGAUGGUGGGAGUUGCAGUCUACUGGACACUUUAAUCCCAUCAGCUGGGUGGUGGGAGUUGCAGUCUACUGGAGACUUUGAUCCCAUCAACUGGAUGGUGGGAGUUGCAGUCUUCUGACUUUUAAUCCCAUCAACUGGAUGGUGGGAGUUGCAGUCUUCUGGAGACUUUUAAUCCCAUCACCUGGAUGGUGGGAGUUGCAGUCUACUGGACACUUUUAAUCCCAUCACCUGGAUGGUGGGAGUUGCAGUCUACUGGACACUUUAAUCCCAUCACCUGGAUGGUGGGAGUUGCAGUCUACUGGAGACUUUAAUCCCAUCAAUUGGAUGGUGGGAGUUGCAGUCUACUGGAGACUUUAAUCCCAUCAACUGGAUGGUGGGAGUUGCAGCCUUGCCGAUGUAGGGCUGGAGCAGUCCAACCCCUUCAUGUUACCCUUGAGUGAUCCAGCUUUGUGCUCUUUGAGACCCAUGUGCUUAGUUUGCCCACUGAGUAGUCAUGUGUACAUUACUUUUACUUGGCUUAUUUGGCUAGUUUUUUAAAUAAAAAAAAAAAAAAAGUUAUGUGGCCCUUUUUUUGAAUGUAUUGUAGUACCGUAUAUAACACAAUUCUGAAAAAUAACUUCAUUAGAAAAUAGUUUGAGGAAGUUGCUUGAGCCUUGAUAUGACUUGGGUGCCAAUGAAAGGAAGUGACAUUGCUAUGUUUUUUAGAUGUCUAAAAAGUAAUUUUCAUCAAACACCACCUUUCUUCAUUUGCCUGCAGGUCAGCUGAAGAAAUGAAACACAUGCAGUUUAUAACUCGUAUGUUUCAGGGACAGACUGUAGCAUAUGACGAGGAUCAAGGAUGGGAGCUUGUGAUGGAUAAAAAGGACUUUAGGUUAUGGAGGCGCCCAAUUGAGGGCACCCACCUUUACCAAUACAGAGGUAAUGCAUGUAAUAAUUUAACUUAAGCCUUUUAAUGUUUCACAACCAAGCCCAUUUUUAAUAUCUGGCAUUGUACAUAUUGGCUGGUUAAUGAUACAAAUGUGCCUUCCUUCUGUUUCAUUUUAUUAAAUGCAAGAUUAUGGUCAAAUAAUGUUAAUUGGGAAAUAGAAUAAUUGCUAUAGCAAUAGCAGGUUAUUGAUAUUGUGUGUUUUAGUAUCUAAUUUUCCUUUUCUCUCUGCAGUAUUUGGUUCAUAUGCAGAUGUCACUCCUCGUCAAUUCUUUAAUGUCCAGGUAGGUGUUUAAUUGACUUCAGACACCGUCUUGACUAUAAAGUUUUGACAAAGCUAAUGUAGGGUUCUUUCACCCACAGUUAGAUACAGAAUACCGCAAGAAAUGGGAUGCACUAGUCAUUAAACUGGAAGUUAUUGAAAGAGAUACCAUGUCUGGAUCCGAAGUUAUUCACUGGGUCACUCAUUUUCCUGUAAGUCUUACUACAUUUGUGUAUGCCUUCAAUUAAUUAUAAGGAAUACGAGUUUCAUUAAAAAAAUUUUUAAAAAAAAUGUAAACCAACUAUUUGCAUAUAUGUAAGGGCAAAGUACUAUAUAGAGGCAGUAGUAACAGAUGGCAUUCAGGGUAUGUGAAUGUUGGAAGUUUAGAGAAGACCUUUAUUAAAGGGUAAAGAAUGUCUUGUUGGUGGGGUUUGUUUGCACAAAGUAACAAUUUAAAAGGACACUCCAAGCACUGACACCGUUUACGUGCAUUUGUUGGGUGUCUGCUUCACAUUCAGUUUCUGGGAUUCUACCUCCCACAUUAUAGUUGUUAUUAUUAUUAUAUCUUUCUAAAAUGUAGUUUAAUGAAUUUAAUUUUAAUCAAUUUGCUUUCUGCUUUGGCCCAUAUUUGGACUGGAGUGUUCCAUUAAAAAAGGGGAAUAAGUAGUUUUAUCUUCUUUUAAUGCGGCAAUCUAAUAUUUAAAUCAUUUAUCUGUUUUAACAGUAUCCUAUGUAUUCCCGGGAUUAUGUCUAUGUACGGAAGUUUCAUGUUGAUCAUGAGAAUAACGUAAUGGUUCUGGUGUCUCGGUAACUAUUUAACAGUUUUGUGGUUUGUUUGUUUUGUUUGUUUUAAUAUAUUUAAUGGAAAUAAGGCUGUGGAAACACUGGCUGUUACUUGCAAACACUGUUUCAGAAUUUUAAUUUAAUUUGGGUAUGUUAACCUUGUCAAGGUGGAAAUUUUUAUUAAUCACAUCCUAAGAUUAUAUAUGGUGCAUAUCUUAAAACAAGAAGUUACAGGCCUCUCUGAACACAAAGGAAUGUGUUUAUCAGUUCCUUGUAAUGAUAAAUAGCUAAGUAAUCUCUCUGGCACUAAUCUGGGAUCAGUCAUUAACAUGGGUUUAGAGCAAAUGUAUGUUAUCUUCUUUAAUGAAAGCAGUCACAUUUACACGUUAAACCAUAUUUACUGGUAUGAAAGAUUUUCUAAAUCAUUGAACAUGCAUCAGCAUGAUUUGCAUGUUAGUUGAGAUAUGGAUUUAUUUUCUAUUCAUGCAUUUACACAGUGCCAUUUAUACAAAUUGAAUUGCCUUGUCCAAAAUGGUGUUAGAACAGUUUAGUUCUUUACUGAAUAUAUUUUGCGUGUCUUCGUGGAAAUGAGUGAGUGCCACUCAUGCAUGCAAAUACAGUAUUGAGGACUUGCAUUAAUAUACACUGACAUCCUCACGUCAAUAUUAAAUCUAUAUAAAUUACUCCCAUUAAAUCCUGAAAGAAAGUGACUUGGCACUCCUUUGCAGGGGACAAUAGGAGUUGGAUGAAAUAAUUUACUGGACCUUAAACCAGGAAGGAAGUGGGUCUAAUCUGGAGGAGGAAAUAGAAAUGUGAAACUCUCUUUUUAAUAUAGGAUCUAUUGUACUGGAAAAAUCCUCAUUAAAAUGUCCCUUUUAAAAAUCCAAUUUUUUCCCACACACUUUCUUGUGGACAGUUAGGAUCAGUAAUUGAUGACUUACUCAUGCAAAACAACUGAAAAAUGUGAUGGCUAUUGUGAUUUUUGUUUUUCUUACUUUAGUUUUUGGUUAUUGCAUUUUUUCUCCAAACAUCAUUCAAAUGUUGUUAAUCUUGGCUUUGCAGAGCGGUUGACCACCCAGAUGUCCCAGAGUCGCCAGACUAUGUGCGGGUUCGCAACUAUCAGUCUCAGAUGGUUAUCACACCGCACACUACAUUUGAUGAGGUAUGACAUUGACAUCUUGUUCUUUGUUAGUCUGAAUAUAGUGUAUGGUUUUGGUUUUUUUUCUACAAUUUAAACAUUUUAAAGAGACAUUAUUGUCACCAGAAAAACUACAGCUUAAAGGGACACUAUAGUCACCAGAACAACUACAGCUUAUUGAAUUUGUUCUGGUGUGUAUAAUCACUACCUUCAGGCUUUCUGCUGUAAAAACUGUCUUUUCAGAGAAAAUGCAGUGUUUACAUUACAGCCUAGUGAUAACUUCACUGACCACUCCUCAGAUGGCUGUUAGAGAUCCUUCCUGGGUCAUGGAUGCCUAAAAUGCAUCCAAACAUUCAGUGUCUCCUCCCUCUGCAUGCAGACACUGAACUUUCCUCAUGGAAAUGCAUUGAUUCAAUUCAUUUCUAUGAGGAGAUGCUGACUGGCCAGGGCUGUGUUUGAAUUGUGCUGGCUCUGCCCCUGAUCUGCCUCCUUGUCAGUCUCAGCCAAUCCUAUGGAGAAGCACUGUGGUUGGAUCAGGCUACCACUUUUGAUGUCAGCAGACCGCUUUUCUGAGGCAAACAGCAUGCAGAACUACAGCUUCAGGCUUGGAUACAAGUAAGAUUUUACUAUAUUUAUGGAGGCAUGAGUGGCUAGAUGGUGGUUUUAACACUAUAGGGUCGGGGUUUGUGUUCAUGACCCUAUAGUGUUCCUUUAAUGUAAUUGUUCUGAUGUCUAUAGCAUGUCUCUGCUGGCAUUUUGCUGUAAACACUCAUUUUCAUAGAAAAGCCAAUGCCUUCAUUGCUCCCUAGGGACACCUCCAGUGGCAGUCACUCAGACGGCCUCUAGAGGUGCUUCCUGCAUCGGUGUUGCACUGAUGUACACCGUCUCCACACUCUGCAUGGAGAUGCUGAUCUUUCCCCAUAGAGAUGCAUUGAUUCAGUGCCUCUCUCUAUGAAAAGAUGCUGAUUGGCAGGGCAGUGUUUGGCUCCACCCCCCUGAACCGCCUCCUUGGCUGAGAUCAUCAGAAUUGACAAUCUCAGCUAAUCUAAUGCUUUCCAAUGGGAAGGAGCCAGCAGACCAGCACGACGCUGGGGAAAAACGGUAAGGUUUAUAGCUAUUUAAAGGGACUCUCCAGUGCCAGGAAAAUAAACAGUUUUCCUGGCACUGCAGAUCCCCUCUCCCUCCCACCCCCAUCCCAAGUUGCUGAAGGGGUUAAAACCCCUUCAGUGACUUACCUGUAUCCAGUGCCGAUGUCCCUCUGCGCUGGUUCAAGGUCUGCCCACGCUUCUCCCCCGCCGAUGUCAUCUGGCGGGGAGACCCAUUGCGCAUGCGCGGCUGCCUGCGGUGGGAGACCUAAUGCUUUCCUGUGGGGAUUUCACAAAAUGUGUGCUAUAAACCCGGCAGUGCCCUCUAGUAGACAGCCACUAGAGAAGGAGUUAUCCCUGCAAGGUAAAUAUUGCAUUUUAUGAAAACUGCAAUAUUUACAGUUGCAGGGUUAAGGGUAGUGGGACUUGGCACCCAGACCACUCCAAUGGGCAGAGGUGGUCUGGGUGCCUGGAGUGUCCCUUUAUAUAUAUAUAUAUAUAUAUAUAUAUAUAUAUAUAUAUAUAUAUAUAUAUAUAUAUAUAUAUAUUUAUUUUUAAUUCUUUGUUAAAAAUUUACAUUUAUCAUGUUCUAGCAGAAAGGCUUUAUUUGCAGAAACCACUUUCAUUUUACUUAUUUUUUAUUUAUUUUUUUCAUAAAACUAUUUAUAAAAUAUUUUACCAGGAUGGAUACAUUGAGAUUUCUCUCGUUUUUAAGUAUGUCCAUUGCAUUGUAUUGUUUCAAUAGGAUACAAUAUUACAAAAAAAUAUAUAUAAUACACACACACACACACUUUUAAUACAUAACAGGUAAUAAAUAUAUUCAACCAUGAUGGGUGCAUUCUGUGCUGAGGUAUAUAGCCAUAGAUCUCUUAAAAUAUUUUAGUAUAUUCAGGGACUUAAUUGUCAUUUCUAAGUUUGAGAUAAAAUUAAAAUAACCUCCUACAGGGUCUACUAGGAAUGCAAAAAUGUCUAAUCACUUCUAGUAUGUGUUUUGGACAUUUGUAAAAAUGUAGUUUGCUACCGUUUUAUGCAUUAUGGUAUUAAAAAUCAUAUUCAAAACAAAAAUCAGUUUUAAAAUGUUAUAAUGAAAAGAUACUUUUUGAUUUUCAUAACUUUCUCCAAAUCAACGUCUGAGACCAAUAAUUGCCUAUCCAGUGCUUCCUAAUGUUUUUUGUGGGAACUCUGUACAUUUUCUGCAGUUAAGUUGUUAGUUUCUUUUUUGGGAAAAAAAACUAAUAUCUGCCUUGUCGGUAAACUGUGCUCCUGUUUAUAUAUGUUUUAUGGAAGACUUCACACUGUCAAGCUAGGAAAGAGCACUUACAAGUUAUUUGACGGAGUGCAGGCCAUAUAAUAUAUUGUACUCCCCAAGUAAUGUAUCUCUUCCUGACUUCAGUGAAGUCGUUGCACCACCAACUUGCAACAAACAUAAGAGGUGGCAAUGGUGUUUGCAGAAUAUAUUCAGCUACAUUUUCUACUUGUGAGGGGAGGUUUACCAAGGCACAAACAGAUGCUGUUCUUGAGCAAAACACUAAAUAAAGAGCAAUCACCUUGGAAACCAAUAGAGAUGGUAUCGUAACAUUUAGCUCUUUGCAACUAAAAUGGCACCUGUUUUGCCUUGGCAAAUCUCCCGUUGGUGUGAUAGCUAGCCUAACACCAUAUCACUGGGGCAUUUUCCUCUCUAAACACAUUUAGUUCCUUUUUAAUACUGGAAUGGUUCCAAAAACAUAUUUCGCUUACCAGAUGCAAACAAUGUCGCGACUGCUAAUACUUUUAUAUUUGGGGGUGCUUUUGGCCAACACCACUAAACCAUGAACUGUAGCUAGGAACUCCUGUCUUAUAUAGUCAGAUUAGGUUAAUCUUGACUUAAUUUAAAAUAACUCUUCUUUCCUUAGAAUGGCUUCGAUUAUUUGCUGACUUACAGUGACAACCCACAGACAGUGUUCCCUCGCUACUGUGUUAAUUGGAUGGUGUCGAGUGGUAAGUCAUUGUAAAGUGUUUUGUUUGAAAUGUGGCAAUGCCUUCAAGACUUUGCUAGGCAAUAUUUGAAAGAUACGGUUUGCUGUAGUGUUAUUGAAUGGGUAUUUUAAAGGAUUUGCGUUACACCUGUGUCUAGUGCCUAUUUAUAAAGCCAUGCUCUAUUUAGUGUGUAAAUGUGUACUUGUAUGCAAUCUGUUAUGUUUACCUUUUGUAUAUUACAUAAUGCAGACAUGAUAUUGGUUUUUGAUACUAGAUACAUCUUGCUCAUUUUCCACAGGAAUGCCAGAUUUUCUGGACAAGCUACACCUAGCAACUUUGAGAGCCAAGAACAUGGAGAUUAAAGUGAAAGACUACAUCUCUUUACGACCUCAGGACUGUGAUGGCAGGGCUAGCCCUGAACGAAAGUCCAGUGUUACAAAUCCUCCUGCACAAAUGGAAUAUGCCUAAAGGGUACUUUCAUCCCUUUUUCUACUCCUGACAUAAGGCAAGGUCACAUGUUUGUGAUAGACUGAAGAAAUCCAGCUAAGGACUGACUGCUGCCAACUUUCAUCCCAUACUGGAACAAAGUGGUUUCCUUAGAGGAUUAAUUUAUCUCUGUAUUAACAGGUGUAAACUCCAUAUCGGCUUCAGAAUGACUAUUGGACUUUAAAUGAUAGUCCCAGCAUGAAACGGUGGGGGCUGAAGUGGGCAUUAAGGGCAACAGCAGUUAGCAGGAUUUGUUAUUCCUUGUUAGGUUUGUGUGUGGAAGAUUCUGCGUGUGAAAUAAGUCAGACAAGGGCCAUGUCAAAAUUGAUCUGCUUUUAUAUAGGGUAAGCAUAUCCUUUAACUGUCUAAAAGUAUUGUUUUGCAGCAAGGCUUGUUUGGGGGCAAUGUUUUUGGGUUUUUUUUCCCCGUAUUUUUUUUUUUUUUUUAAACCCAUUAAGGACACAUGAUGUGUGACCUGUCAUUAUUCCCUUUUAUUCCAUAAGUUUGGUCCUUAAGGGGUUAAACAAGCAGCUUGAUUGUUUACACCUAUUUGUAUAUUUACCAAUAUUUUCAGACCUAUGCUGUGACGGGUGACAACUUUGCCAUCGUCAAGGCAACAUAUACUUGUCUUGUUAAGUGCCUUGACUGCUGGCCUAUUCUAUUUUUUUUUUUCUCUUUUGAUAUGAAGAAAUCAUUUGAUUAUGUAAACUAGUAGAACAACAUUUGAGUACUGGGAUUAUAGACUUUAAUGUAAUUGAUAAUAGCUUGCAGUAAAAAUUACAUGGGGUGUAUUUAUUAAAAUUGGUACCAUGUGUAGGUUUAAAUAGAUCAGCCUUUAGUAACCAGGACAUGAUUAUAACACUUCAAAUCUGGUUUCCCAAGAAGAACGAUAGAUACUGCAUCUCAAAUGUUAUACUAGUGAUUUUGAAGUCGUACACCAGAUAUUUUCAACUCACUGUACUUAUGCAUAUGUCGUAAAUUGUAAUGUUUAUCACUAUGGAUAGUGUAAUAUUCUAAGAAUCUCUUCACUAAGCCACAGAUAGUAAGGCAGCUAAACCUAGUCAGCACAAGGUGCAAAACAAAUAACUCAUGCAAAAAUAGCAUUAUAGUACUUCUUUCUAAAGUAACCGAAACUACUAUAUGUUGUGAUAGCCACACCGCAGCCCGUUGAUGGAAUAAAUGCAAGUCUUGGAAGAUUUCAGCCUCUGUUAUUAUCCCUGUGUUCUAUACACAAUCCUAGAAUGUGUGCAGCCAAGCUUGUUCCACUGGGAUUGAGCUACGUGCAUUGAAGCAGAUUUAAUUACACACCUUAGUCCAAUGACAUGUCCCCUUUAAGGAAGUUCCAUUAUGCUAAGAAAACAAUCCAUAUUAUAUUAGUGAUAAGUAGUGCCCACAGCUGUUGAAUAAAAAAAAUUUGUAGAUGGGAUCACAUAUCUUAGCCCAAGUUAAAAAUGUCUCCUGCAAAGUCAAGCUCGAACCUUAAAUGUUAAGAACACAGACUCUUAAAACACCUAACUAGGUUUUGCAGAUUAUUUUUUAAAUGUCCCCUGUCCUGAGGAAACCUAACUCCAUGUCUGCAGGAAUUUUAAGGGACACUCCAGACUAGUCAACUCCCCCACAUACAUUUCUUAAUUACAUAGAUGAUGUAUUACAAAGUGCAAAUAAUGUAAAUAUACUCCCCAGGAAAUGCAACUACUGUAGUGAGCUUUCUCUAGAACUGUAUGUUGCAAUGCCAAUUCUGUUCCUGUAGCAUCCAAUAUUAGUGAUGAGCAUUGCAAAGGAUUUGUAUGAGCUGUAUUAAAACUUUAUCUACUAAAAGCUGUACAACCUGCAACUUGAUUGAUCUAAAAAUGAAAGAACCCAUGAUUUGUUUAAUUAACGUCAUUAUCUUUAUAGAUGAAGCUAAUUGUGGACUUUACUGCUCCGAAUUAUACAAAUAUACUUGAUGAAAUCAGUUACAGCUGUAUUUUUGGAACAGACAGGUAAAGAGUGGGAAUGGAUAGAAAAGGUGAACCCAGCAUGAUUAAAUUAAACUUAAUGUGUUGUACCUAACUCAGUUGCAUAGUAAUCUAUGUUGUAAAAAAAGACUCCAGUCCAUUAAGUUUAAACCUUUUAUAAACUUUUUAUUUUGUCAUGCAUGUAGGAAUAUGGAGCCUUUGUGUCUUAAGUUUCCUUUAAGAAAGGGCCAGUACCAGUCCAGUUGUAUAGGUUAUCGUUGCACAAGAUCAGAUUUUUGUUGUUGUAGUUCUUUGUAAUUUCCUUUUUUCAGGUAUGGUUUCAAGUGUGGGAUUACAUAGAGUAGUUACAACACACACACACACACACACACUCACUCACUCACUCACUCACUCAGCCCACUCAACCCAAAUGAUCACAAUCUUGGCCUUAAUAUUGUCAUUGACUUGUUUUCAUUAUAAGCCGUAGAAAUUGUAACCUUGUACUAUUGUUGAAGCUGUGGAUUGUAACUUCUAACGUAUACCAUGUCUGCCUGCAACUGCAUUUUUUUUUUUAAAUUUGAGAUGAGGGAAUAGUUGCAUGACACCUGUUUUACAUGCCUUAUGCGGACCGUAGGGAAUUAUUUAAAAGCGCAUUAUCCAGCAGGUGGCUAGUUAAUUCCAAUGCCAGCUAACUACCAUACGAACACUGCAGUGUGUUUUGUAAGAGAGGCGUGCGUAUACUAAGCUUUAUUUUUGAUUCCAUUCCUGUUUUAAUAGGCAAGCUCCUUAACCAUUUGCUCUGCUCAAAUGUUCCACAUUCAAAACCCACACUUUGGGUGGGGGGGAAAUCACGUUGUUUAAUGCAUGAACAUUUGCUUAUAGCUGCAAUUUUCCCUAAAAAGCAUUUUGAGAGGCUAGUAAUAAUUUCCUGAAAAUAACAGCACUUAAAAGAUGGCUUUUACAUUUUUUUUUUUUUUUUUGCAGUUUUUAUGUUUUUUUUUUUUUUUUUAGAAGUUCAUCUUAUUACUUCCCUCGCCAAUUAACAACUUUUAACGGACCAAUACUCUGGAAAAAGUCUGUUUAUUGGGUGCGUGAAACCAUUUUGAAAAUUCAUAGUUCUGCACAGUGGAGAGGUUAAGCGACCUAUGUAACACUUUUUAACGAGGUCUUUAAUUUGUUUUCCCUCCAUUAUCCUUGACAAUGCAAGGAGGUGAAACUAUUCCAUGAUUAACAGUACUUUACGUUCAUAUCAAUCCUUUGAUGGAUCUGAUCUUGUAAUCAUUGGUUACCAUUAUGUGUUUGCACUACUUGGCAUUGGGACAUCCCAAUCAUAUGAUGUUACAUUUGUGCUAAUGGCAUCUUUCGUAUCAAAUCAAACUAAUGUGAUUAAAAUAUUUAAAAAAAAAAUACUAAAAGCGUUGGCUAUGUUUUAAAAUCAUUUUAUAUAUUGGAAGAGGGGGUUGCAGAUUAGUUCCAGAUUUAGACUAUUCUGUUAAAUUGUCUGUGUGUGUGGAAGGUAUUAUACUAUGAGCAAUUUACUGAAACGUCUUCAGAAAAUUAAAAUAAACAAUAAAAAAUACUUCUUAUCCAAGGGUCUAAAAAGGUAGACUUCUCUACUUGUUUUGACACAAAAUAAUUUCAUCUAGAAACAUUAGAUCCCUGGAUAUUGACAUGGUUAUUGUAACGAGUCCCUCUCCUACCUUUCCAGUUUGACAAUGAUGUGCAUGUUUUUAAUGUAAACAUGGACUUUUCAGAGAAAGGGCAGUGUUUCCUGCCUCCCCCAUUGUGUUUGUGAUAUGUAUGGUGGCUGUGUGUGUGUGUGGUAUGCAUCGGGAGCAUGCACUAGCAGUGUGUAAAAUGUGCUAUUUUUAAUCCUUGGUGGUCCAGCUGGAGGAUAAAAUUUGCCUGGUAGUCCAGAGGAGUGGAGGUUAACACUUGGUGAACCAGUAGAGAGGCUGCUUGACUGGUGGUUCAGUUUGCCUGAUAAACUGGGGAUAGUUAAAAUGUGCCCUGGUGGUCAAGUGGGAUGGGUUUAAAACUCACCAGUUUGUCCAGUGCAUGAAUGUGAGGUCUGAGGUAGACCUUUAUAAUUUCUCCCUCACACCCUUGGCAUUCAGUGAGUCAGAAAGCAUACUGUGAAAUUCCAGUAGCUGCAAUCUGACUCAUUAGAGAGGGACUGCAAGGGACCAAUGUAUGAGGUCUGCUCUUGCACAGACCUUAUGCUACCUGCUUGGGCCCUGCCCUCCUUGGGAGCUGCCCUGCCACAUGCCCGCGUCAGGGCUAAAGGAAAAAAUAAUCUACCUUCCCAGUGUGCGGAACUGCAUGUCCCAAGGAAUUGCUGUAAAAUAGUGCUGCCUUUUUCUACCAAAUUACUAUUCUUUACAGACUAGUUUAGUCAUUUAACAUUUAAUUGUAAGGAAACAAUACUUUUCCAUCGUCAUUAUAUUGGCCUGAAUUUUAAGAUUUGAUUUUCAAUGCACCACAACUCACGGGGUUAUUUAUUUAAGGGAGAAUUUAAAGUGAAUUUAAAAUUUUAAGGCCACCGUAACUGCAAGCAUAGCUAGCUUGGAGAAUUUUUCCAGUUUGGCUAUUUUGACCUUAAAUGUGAAAGUUACUUUAACCCCUUAAGGACAGAGCUUCAGAAGCUUGUCUUUCACUUAAUGACAACAGCAUUUUUUUGCUGUUUGCGUUCAACUGCAAUUUGCAUUUUACUAAUUUAUUGCACCGACGCAUAUUAUAUAUCGUUUUUUAAAUGACAGAAAGGGCUUUAAUUUGAUGAUAGAUAUAUAUAGAUAUAUAUAUAUCUAUUUAUAAAAAAAUACAGAAAUAUGCAAAAUUAAAUUUUUUUUUAUUUUUAUUUUUUACAGUUUUUGCAAUAAUGUGUUCAUAAUUAGUGCAGGUUAAGGAAAGUAAUUUAAAAUAAAUUCAUUUAGUUGUUCUGAUUUACAGAAUAUAUAAUAAUGUGUCUGGGAUUUUAAGUUUGGUUUUUUUUUUUGGUAGUUACAGGUCACAAAGCACAAGGAGUAAAAUAGACUUUUAAUGUGGAGCGAUUUUAGAAUUUGGUAUGUUUGUCUUGUAAGCUUAAUAGCCAUAAAAGAAAACAAAAUUGUCACACAAAAGUAUAUAUUUAUAGAAAGUAGACAUCACAGGUUAUUUAUCUAGGGUUGUUUUGACACUUUCUACGUAGCCAUUUCACCGCAAACCUCUGCUAAAUAUUGGAGUAAAAUUGUGUUUUAUUUAGUUUUUGGCACACAAACUUAUAACGAACUUCUUGUGUGUAUUUUGUAAAGUUGGUGUGUGCUAUUCCUGUACAAAGUUUUAUUUUGUGUUCAGUUACAUCUGCUGAGUAAAAUGACACCCCCAUUGUAUGUCUUUGGCACUAUUUCGUGAAGCUACAGUGCCAUAUAGGAGACCUGUCCUUUUCAGUACUCGGUAGAAUUUUGUGAGACGGAUUUAAUGAGCCUAUGCUUCCAUUUAGGGUAUUAUAACAGUUUGACUGUUCAAAAAAAACCCACAAAGGCCUACCAUUUGUAAAAGUAGACACUCCAGAGUAUCUCAUAAGGUGCAUAUUGUGCCUUAACAUGCCCCCAUUUUUUCACCAAUAGAUGCCAAAGUAUGUGGUCAAAAAUAAUUUUGUGUGUUUUUUACAUAUGGAUUGCAUUUUGUAUAUUUCACAUGUGCCACUAAGUUCAAACCCCCCAAAUUAUGUUCAGCUAAGUCUCCUGAGUAAAAGGACACCCCCCAUUGUAUGUCUUUGGCACUAUUUCGUGAACCUACAGUGCCAUAUAGGAGACCAAGCCAUAUCAGUUUUUAACCGAACUCUGAAUUUUGACGCUGGGCCUAUGUGCAAUUUCCAAGCAUCUUAGCAGGUUUUAAAUCCUUAAAACCUUAGUGUAGGAUCAUUUAUUUUUUUGUUAGUUUGUACCAAGUCUAGUUGCAAUUAGCAUUUUUUAUUUUUUUUGAAUUUUUUAUUUUUGCAGUGCAUAUAAUGGAUACAGACUGGCUUGAGGUACCCCAAAGGCAUUCCUCGAGCUGCUUAACAUAAGUAACAAGUAGGGUAAUCGCUAGGCAAUGCACAAUUUUAUAGUAUAUAGUAGCAAUAACGUUGGUGAAACAUAAGAGUCGUAAAAUAGAGUAAGUAACAAGCGUAUGACAUAUCCCCUUACUGCUAAGAGAUGGGUACUAUGUGUAGAUAGUCAUGGUAAGGUAAGGGGUACAGUAGAGUUUACCACCACAGACAGCCCCAACACCCUGGCUAGCACCCUAUAUGAAUGGUAGCAGAUUAGAUUGCAUUACCCUCUGGACCUGUUGUAGCAAGCAAAGUGUAACGCUAUCAGGUAACACAAGUAUGGCAAACCAGAAGUCCAAUAUGGCCCCAAUUCUGGGUAGGCGCUGGGGUCAGGGAUCCAUCUUGGUGGUCAUCCUAUCCCCCUUGUAGGGAAUGUAGUUACCCAGAGUGCUUGGCUUCUCAGGCUGUCAGGCAGGGGAGACGUCUUCAUAUUUUUGUGCAGCAGUCGCUUUCUACUCCCCUCACCAUCCCUGCGUGUUUCCUUCUGUAUGGUGCUGGGGUUAAAGAGCUUCAGGGUUUGCCGGCCGGCUAAUUUUACCGCCUUACGCCGCUUAGGCCGUCGUCGCUGGCUCCGGUAUGCUGGGCUCGCGGUGUGUGCAGCAAGGCGCUUCGGGGAGUAGCGGGAUGGUUCAGGAGGUGCCUUGAUGGUCUCCGUGGGUGUCAGCCUGCUCUCCAGCGCCCUCCAAAAGGCAUCGAAGAUUGCCUCCAGGCGCUGGUAUGUGUCAGGUAUCUCCCCUCCAGGAGUAAGCAGACGCGUGUCGUCCGCCAUCUUAGGUAGUGCUCCACCUUGCUCGCAGGUGUUUGCGGCUCUGCUGCGGCUCUCUGAUGGGGUUUGGGAGCCAUCAGGGUGGGGACCGGGAUAACCCCCACCAGUCCAAAGGGGGGGGGGGGUAGCAGGGCUCCAGGUACAUGCUCAGCACUUUGAUCGCGCCAGUCUGGGAGAGCGGCCGCCUCUCCCCUCCUCAGCGCUCACUAGGCCUCAGUGGAUCUUGGUGUCUGGAGUGCUUGAAAAGGCUGUUAGAAGCAUUCGCAGGUCAGGUCUUUUUACAUGUAGUUGGGGGUAAGUCGCUUGGUGCCCAGUUUUGGAUAUUUCCGUCAAAAUAGCAAGUUUGCUUAGUGUGUUCCUGGGAGCUCACAAGAAACACAACCAGUCACCAUGAGUGUCAGGCCCCGCCCCCCGCAAUUAGCAUUUUUUUCUGCCUUUUUGACACACAGUUGGAGAUGUUACUGUAUAUUUUGCUAUCCUUAUGUGUGCUACAGCAGUAUAACACCUACCAUGUUGCUCAGCUAUGUCAUGUCAGUGCAACGAUAACCCCAUGUGUAACUUUCUCAGGGUUAUGUGGGUGUUGAAGGGGCACAUUGGAGACACACCACUUCCAUAUUUUUCAAAAGUGGAUGCUGGGCCCAAGUCUCAUUGUAGCAGCUCAGGACUGCAAAUUAUCUCUCAAAGGCCACACAUAUUUUUAAGUAUAAGCAGCUCAUCAAUUCAAAUUAUGAACAAGUGCAUACUAUUUGCUGUGAAAAGGGGGAAUAGUUGGGGUAAACUUAUACGGGGGUAGUACCCAGUCAUCUGCAUCCCGGGCAAAGCUGUCAUGGAUUCCGAAACCAAAACACAGACAGACCACAAAGAGAGAACACAGAGAGAAACUUGUAAUACCGGUCCUUAGAAUGGCCGGGCUAUACAAGCAGAGAAUUGUCAAGGUACAAACAGAGGUCAAAGGAGUAAAGAGAAACGGAACAACGAUAGGACAAGCCGAGGUCAAGGAUCAGAGAAGACAGGAUAAGUGGGAGACAAAGCCAAGAUUUUGGUAGACAGAUGACUAAAAAAAAAAAAUCACACCCCAAAACUGGUCUACUUAUUCGGCCUGGUUGUGAAAAAUGUUAAAACAGUGGCCAAUACAUAGGCCGGGCUGAGAGGGGCAAUCAGGGCAGUAAUAGCUGGUCUCAGCUCUUACGCCGCUCUUGUAACACACCCUGCACCUUUUCUGGGGGUUUUGUUUUUUUAGGGGUUGGUGGAAUCUUAAAGCAGAAGUGACCUGCCUCCAUUCUUCUGCUAGGCUCCACUGAUGGUCUCCUUGUGUGGCACUCAAGUAGCCCAGAAAUGAGGUCAAACUUGAACGAAAGAAAAGUGAUUUUCAGCCCAGCAUUUGCCUUUUUAAAAAUGACAAAUGCAUUGUGUAUUGCCAUCUGCAUCAGAUAUAUGCCCAAUUAAAUAAUGGGGGAACGACAGAUCCCUGUGGACUACCAAAAACAUUUUUAAGUAAAUAGGACAUCCUACUCUCCCUUGAUGACCCCACCUGUGGUUAGUGGAAUGGGCUACCUAAUUAAAAUAAACAGGGAGACCUAUUUUACCCCCUAGGCCCAACCAAUUGGCGGUGGGUGGGGGCUAUUCAUUUAUUAAUAAGGGAGUGGCCUAAUGUGAUCCUACCAUCACCCAUCCGUUGGGGCUAUUCAUUUUGUAAACAAAGGGGUAAGUCUAUACUGUAUCAAAUACUAGUAUAGACUAAAGGGGUGGCACAACAAACAUGAACCAUACAACCUGUAUACACUAUAACACAGUUCUUCAAAGAAUCUAAAAUAUGAAAAAAAUCACAUAAUAGUGAAGCAUGUAUAGGAAUAUAUGAUUCAAUCCCGUAGGUAGAGAACUUACAAGACCAUGCUGUAGAUCUGCGCUUGUCUCCCUUCCAUAGGGUAUUUAAGUAGCGUAUUCUUUCUCAGUAGGCUUGUGUGUAUGGACCAAAAAGGCGUAGAUUCAGAACACCCAAUCCUCAAAUAAAAAGAGGUAUAUAGAGCAGUAUUGCAAACAAAAAUAGAUUUAUUAAUACAAAUUGCACUUACAUCAAGUGAAGAUUAUAGCAGCAUAUCACCACUCACAAGUGGUACCGAGGAAAAGAAGUCCCUCUAUGGUAGUAUAAAAAUAUAAAAAGUAAUGGGGGGCGGAGCUUAGCCGCGGAACCGAGCGGUCGCACACACGGAGAGCUCCGGCAAACACGCGACAAAAUCGACGAGAAAAUACAACAAACAUAAAACCAAAAGAGCCCACAUACCUCCGGAAACCUGCGGGCAGACCGGGAGAGCAAAACAGACACCCGACUGAUGCCCUUUACAUUCCAGCAGACGGGUCGGAGAGUCCGCCGUAAAACCAAGGCCUACCCAGACUACAGGGCCCUUGAUACGGCACUAUACAGCGCAGCACUCUCCUUAACUGCACAGCCAGCACCCACCGACCCGGACACCAUGGGGAGAAAAUCCCAGCGGACGGCAGCAGGUGCGUGCAAAGACACCCAUGACAUUAGCACCAUGCUCCAGCGCCCGGCGGGCUCAAAGAUGGCGACCACGCCUGACCCAGAGACUAUCUCCACAUGCUCGGAUCAGGCUGAGGGGGAUACACCAGAUCAUCGGUUGCCCCAAGACAUACAAGCGGACCCAGAUGCUUUAACACCAGCCACCAAACUGGACAUUAAAAACCUUCUGCGGGAACUAAAACAAAUGACAGCGGCAGACAUGGCCAUCAUGAAAACGGAGGUCCAAGCGGUCACGGACCGUGUGAAAGCCUCAGAGGAAGAUAUCAACGACAUACAACAAGAAAUACAAGGCCUUAAAGAAACGGUAUCACACCUAAAAUCCUCUCACUCAACUCUGCUCAGCAAACUUGAGGCAACUGAAGAGAGGAGCCGCAAAUGCAAUGUAAAAAUAAGGGGAGUCCCCGACGAUAUCAGCCAGUCAGAGUUGCCGCAUUAUCUCAGGCGACUGAUGACCACCAUAUUGCCACAUGCACAGGCCAAAAAACUGGCCGUCGCAGAGAUGUUUCGCAUCCGCAAAUCACCACAGGCACCCCCCCAAGCAACCAGGGAUGUAAUCGUCAGGUGCAAUACUCAGGCAGACAGGAACGCCAUCUUUGCAGCGAUAAAGGGCAAAACGCCACUGGACUUUGAAUCCGCAAGUCUCACCUUUUACCAAGACUUAACACGAUCCAUACUUCAAUGGAGACGAAACCUACGCCCAGUGACCCGUCGCCUCCAAGAAGCCAAAGUAACCUACCGUUGGACAACACCCAAAACCUUGUCCGUGGACCACAACGGCACUACUCUGCAUCUCACCUCUACCCAGGAAGCGGACUCCUUCCUCAAGGCGCUGAAGCUCUCACAGAGACCAGAUCCACCUGACGAGCCCACCAGCUCCCAUAUAUGGGACCCCACCAGAACUGUCCCUUUUGUACCGAGGAGACGGGAAAUCCCGAUAGUGGACACUUGACGUACAUGACUACCACUCAGCCCGCCGAUGGGAAUUUACCAGAGUUAACCAUAAUGUUCUUUCUAUUACCUGUUCACAGUUAACAUAGAUACCAAGGGUUUAGCACCAUAGAGGGAACCUAGCAGGGCACACACCCAUAUAACACUUACUUAAGCUAAACGGCCGACUCACAGGAGUUGACCCACAUACCAACACCACAAUUGAGGGGCACCACAAUCCCCACAACAGCCACCGUUAAGCCGGAGCAUGCUCAUAUAUCAAUAAUACCUCUCCACCAACCCCCCCGAGGCCCCCGUCGGUUAGGGGUCAAGGACCACACACACACACACAUAGUACACCUACCCAGGAGGCACACGAGCCAAUUUCAUGAUAGGGAAACCUAAGAUUAUACACGUCACACCUAGCCACAAUGCCCUGGACUAGGGAUACAUUGGCGAGUAGUGUGGUGAGAACCCGUGGCUCCAUGGCCUCCACUAAGACCUACUCACACGAAAUAAGCAGAUAUAGUACACCAAUCUAAGUAGAACAUGGUAUGGAACACCAAGAUAAUUACAUGCAACUUAUCACCUUAGUGGGACUCAUGGCGACACAACGCCAGAUCAAGCAGGAUUGUUGUAGCGUGUAAAACUUACCUUACAGAAACCCUGGGUACUAGGUUAUGGGACAUGCAGCACCACGUUCAUAGUUAACCACCAUUUUAGUAACUUGUUCUCUCAAAACCAUGAUAUAAACUUAAGCGUAGACAGAAUUGUCACAUAGAGAUCCAGUCUAGCAUGUUUAUUGCCAACUGUCGAAACCUCAUAACCUGUCUUUUUCAGGGUCUGAACAAACUAGUAAUGUUUAAAAUGCCAGACUUUGCAACGAAACCCUUGUAAAUACUUAUUGUCAUAUAUAAACAAAAGGUAUGCUGCUUUUUGAACCUAGGCAAUGUAAACCUAUACCAUCAAUCUCCUUACUCAAAAAACAAAAAUGUGCGAUAUCUACUGCCAACCCCUAUGUUACACUGUACAUACUGCGCUAGAGGACUGCCUUUGGGGUACCUCCUAAGCAAUUGUUAUAUCUGUACGCACUACAAAAAUAAAGAAUUUAUAAAAAAAAUAAAAAUAUAAAAAGUAAUAAUAUACUAGAAACAAUAAAAUAACAAAAAAGAAAAAAGUAUUCCUGAUCAGGAAUACUUUUUUCUUUUUUCUUUAACAGCGCGACCAGGCCCUGUAUGAUGACAUCCCGCGCUGGGAGGAAGAGACAGCCCCAGUCACUCCUCCCAGAAUACACAGAGCCCACGUGGGAGGAAGAGAGGAGGGAGUCAGAGUGGGAACCCUGACUCCCAUCAACCUGAGCCACCACUGGACCCCAGGGAAAGUCACCUUCCUGCACCUAAAAGGUAGGAAACAGGAGGGUGACUUAAACAUUGCGUGUGUGUGUGUGUGUGUUUGUGUGUAUGUGUCUGUAUGUAUGUGUGCCUGUCUGUAUGUAUGUGUGUCUUGUGUGUGUGUGUCUGUCUGUGUGUGUAUGUGUGUAAGUGACAUUGUGUGUGUGUAUACUUUAUUACGUGUGUGUGUAUACUUCAUUAGGUGUGUGUUAGAGUGUGUAAGUGACAUUGUGAGUGUGUAUACUUCAGUGUGUUAGUAAGAGUGUGUGUGCAUACUUCAGUAGGUGUGUGUUAGAGUGUGUAAGUGACAUUGUGUGUGUGUGUAUACUUUAGAAAGUGUGUUAGUGAGAUUGUGUGUGUUUGUGUAUAUGUCAGUAAGUUUGUGGUAGUGAGAAUGUGUAAGUGACAUUGUGUGUGUGUAUACGUCAGUAAGUUUGUGUUAGUGAGAGUGUAUAAGUGACCAUCUGACCAAUGAUAUUUAUAAUACAUUUUAAUAUAAUUAUAUAUUAUAUUUUAAAAAUGUCAGACAAGGUCACUGUAACAUAAACUAAAUCCGACCAUUAUUAUAAAUUAAGCGCUAGAAAAUUAUAAAUGAAAUCCCACCAAAUGCAUUAAAUACAUUAUUUAUCACAGCUAUAAAUUAUGUAUUAAAUGUACACAUUAGACAGUAUAUGUGUAUGGAUGUAUGCAUUAGGCAGUAUGUGUGUAUGGAUGUAUGUACUAGGCAGCGUGCCUAUAUGGAUUUAUGUAUUAGGCAAUAUGUGUGUAUGGAUGUACGAAUUAGGCAGCAUGGGUGUGUGCAUUAAGCAGCAUGUGUGUAGUGGUAUAUGUAUUAGGAAAACAUGCUUACACGCUUAUAUACAAAAACACGCUUACAUUCAAACACACAAACACUGCUCACAAAUACAACCCUGCAAGGAUGGGCAAAUGGUAGACCCACAGCUGGCAUAGUAUCAUUGGAAUUGUACAACAAUGGGUAUUUACCUUUUGGCCACACUUGCAAUAGAGAGGGGCCCAAAACAUUCUUGCACCAGGGCCCUCUCUACGUUAGUCCUGCCACUGGUCUGGGUAUAUUAUAAGCAAGUUCUGCCCCAUCCAUAUGGCAGUUUCUGAGUCAGAGUGGUCAUAAAUGAAAUUCUGUCAGGUUAUUACAAAAGGACUCUGACUGUCAUCAUCUUGCAGUUGGCUCUCCAAUCCAUGAUCCCAGAUUAGUUCUCCCAAGAGUUUCUCAACAGCCUGAUAAUAACAUCGUCUUGAGGUACCUCAAAGGUCAAGAGACCAUUCCCUAAAAUGAGACAACUCUCAGUACCUGUUGAAUAUAAGAAGACUUGGACUCCUUUUUCAAGGGCUUCACCCGACCUGGUUCUUUGGUAAGUUCAGUAAAAUACAAUGAUCACUAGUGCAGCUGACAGAUCCAGCAUAACAAAGACAUUAAUAAGCUCCUAUGCAUGGCAAGAAGGUGAUCAUGUGCAAAUCAAAUUAGCAUAGCCUUGGUUCCAUGAUGGGUAUGGUGAUUGUAUAAUAACAAUUUUUUUAAAACAAUGGGAGAGAUUCAUCAACGUGUAACAAUAUGAAAAGUGUGUCAAAAUUCUAAAUGUGGGACAAUAACAAUGGAAACCAAAGGAAACAGCAGUUCCAUUGGUUUAUACUCCAUUUACAACUUUACAACACUUAAAGUCCAUAUUUUGAAACAACUCUCCAUCCAUCACUCCAUUAUUAUUUUGAUCAUAUUUAUUAGAAUAACACUAUAGCGAUAGGAAUACAAAUAUGUAUUCCUAACAAUCUAGUGUAUUUAGAUCAGAGCCUCUCCUCCUCGUGUGAAGUAAAUAGAAAGUUUUACUUGUCCUGCCACCCCACCUUCCUGGCUGAGAUCAUCAAAAUUGAUGAUCUUAGCCAAUCCAAUGUUUCUCCAUGAGGAAGUAUUGGGAGGCUCGUGUUUGCACAGCAAAUUGCUGCACUGUGCCAAGGUAAUGCUCUCUGUGAGCAACAUUUAAUUGUGAAACCGAGUCUGACUUGCUUCUCACAGGGGAAUCAUCUCUAGUGGCUGUCAGGUAGACAGCCACAACAGGAUCCAUCUGUCAAAGAAGCCAUGACUUAUCUUAUACACUCCCCUCUUUAACUUUCCCAUACUCACCGAACCCCACCUGUUUCUCCUUUGGUCCGGUACUUUGUAACUACCGAACACAGACAACCCCCUGGCUCGCAAAGAAACCACUAACUUAAGUGCUCUCUCUGGGUAGAUGCCAUUUGUAUAACCGAACCGACGUGCUCUAGCAAAUGGCGACCAUUUUGUCUCCCGACUGUAGGCAGUACUACUUGGUUGUUGAGUGCGUGGAACUAUACUUCGGACACUUUGCCUCAUGAACCCUGGGAAAACCAUACAGUUGUCUGCUCCGUCCCCAGACAAACCAGGAGAGCGCUUUUCGGGGAAAAGACUCUCCCGAUCAGGGAGACCAUUCGCUCUCUACGAGCCAGGGGGAGCCUUUGGUUACAUUUGUAUGGGUACUCACAAAAGUUGACCAGCUGCUAUCUUUUUUCUUAUGGUACUAUUUUGGGCAACAGCCACAUGAGCGGUCGGUCAAAAUUUUACCCUCGUGGCGAUUCAGCUAUAUUACAUGGAUGUGAGCGCUAUUCGGACAACUUUGGCACUCAGAUCCAGGCUAUCUGGGGAUAUAAUACUUGUGGGGGUUCCUAUCAGUCUUACAUGUAUUUUGGGAUGCAUUGUGUUGUAAUGUAUUGUACUGCUAGUGCCUGGGAGAUAAUUAGUUUAAAAGCAUACCCAUUUAUCUCACAGACACAGAGAAGCCUGGGCGGGGUUACUGUUGUAUUGUAUGGAGACCCCAUGCUGGGGGUCUGUGUAUAUAAGCAGGCAACUUGGCCUUAAUAAAACAGUUAAUCUUUUACCCAAAACGACUGGUUGCGUCCAUUAUAUUGGGGAAACUGCGCAGAUAAAUAGGGCUAUCACACUAUUCAGCACAUCUGGAACUAGGACUAGUGGAGGAUCGAAGGAACGGCGACAAUAGCCUAGAGAACCCGUGACAACUGUUGCUGUUCCUACAAAACUAAAAUGUUUUGCAUUGCAGGGUUAAAACGAAAGGGGCAAAGCAAGUAGGGACAGAAAGUCUCCCAGCUUCUUUUGAAAUAGGCACUUAUACAAUAUAAGCCUGCACUGACAGAAACAUUAGUCCUAAAGCACUACAGCUAGCUGAAAUCCUUUAGGUGUGUGGGGUGUUCCUUUAAGAUGCAGUGGCUAUGAUGCUUUACUUAUACUGCAUAAUAAAUAGGCAUCAUUGAACAUUUACAAACAGCAUCCUUUUAUACAGCAUGAUAAAUAAGCAGUAUUGAACAUUCAAAACAUAUUUUUAUGGUGCACGAUUAUUGAGCAGAAUUAAACAUGCACAGAUAUAACAAUAUACUGCAUGAAAAAUAUGUAGUAUUGAACUAAUAGGGCAGUGAGUGCCCAUGCUGUUGUAGGCUGAAUUUCCCAUGAUGCUCAGGCUAUGCUGCGACUGCCAAUUGUUAUUUCCAGACUAUAGUUUACCUUCUGUCCAUCCCCAUUAGCGGGACUCCACUGACUAAGCCUGCUGACAUCUUCACAGUCUCCUCCAAUACAUUGCAGUGGAUUUGAGAUGUGCAUCAAAUGAUUUUACUGAGUCUGGAGGAGGAGGAAGUGGCUCUAGUGCCUGUCAAAAUAUAAAUAAAUAUGGGGGGCGGGGCCUGGUGUCCGAGCCGGCUGGACAUGAUUCUCCCAGGCUCCUGCUAAACCGAGCUAAAAACAAGCUAUUUCUGAUAGAAAACGCUGCAAAACGAGACGCUGAGCUACAUCCAGACUACUAAACAAGUUGGGAGCGCACUGUUUAGUCCGGACCGGACCCAUAUCUAAAGCAACAACUAUAUUCUGCUCAGAGGCCUACCUAGGCAGGCACGGACCGAGGCGAGAGGUGGACGAUCUCCCAAGGGGGUGCCUUGCACGUGGUGCUUCACUUCAGGAGCCCUGUUCCCCCUCCUUGGGCCGGCGGGGGUUAUCCCAGCCCCCACUGGGAACCCAGACUUACCAUCCGUCUGGAACGCGGACGAAGCCCUGAAUGCCGCGUGGCGAAGACAAGAUGGCCGCAGCAGCGGACACCCUGGAGAUCCGGCAGUGGAGAGAAGCGUUUAAUGCCAAGUUUGAGGCACUCUGCCAUCGCCUCGGCAAGCAACCACAGGCAUCUACCACUCACGCCGCAAAACUGGCACAGCAGGAACCCAAGCAGGGCGAUCCAAGCGCCCAAAAGCCUCCCCACAAAGCUCCCUAUCUGCUGGGACCGAGAGCCACUCGCAGCGCUGCCCUGACCCAGCAACAACGGGCACUGAGACGCAAACACAGACGGCAUUCUGCACCACUCCGAGCCUCUGCCCACUCUAGGGGAGUAAAGAACCCGACCACCAGGAGCACCCGAUUCAGCAGACACACAGAGGGGACUCCUCUGUGGGCCAAGGGGCGGAAGAAACUCUCACCUGAGCACGGAACCGGCACUUUGCACCCGAGGUACCCUACCCACAUGAUGCCAGCACACUUACUCCGGCACGAGACCGUGAUGGGGAAGCAGAACCCAAGUGAACUCUCAAUGUACACCCUGCACUUGCCGACUAGUGGGGUAGGCUGACCACGCUCCCCUCGCUGCAAAUGGGUCCACAUGCUGAACACUAUCAGAGAUUAAUAGACGCCAUUUGCCAUGCAAAACGUGUUCACAUCCAUAUACCAAGGGUAAAGUCUGCUCCCUAUUCGUGAUGGGGGAACCCAGUGGCAACAAAGCCCUGUAACCUAAGUUUAUGACUCUAUAGUAAUCUCUUACAAUAAGCCUUGUUGUUUACUUUAUCUGCCUCUAGUUUAAGCUACUUGCAUUUUGCAUGUUUCUAUGACCUUACUAUUAAUGUAUUGACCUAAUGUGAAUAAGCUUGUUUUCUUUAAAAAAAAAAAAAAAAGAAAAAGUGCAGUACGUCUUGACCUUACUUGUUUAAACAUUGUCUUCACACCUCUUGUUAUAAGUCAUAAAGUCAAUACGAAAGCUUGUACUUUAACACUGCACGGCUAAAUUAAAGAAUAAAAAAAAAAUAUAUAUAUAUAAAUAAAUAUAAUUUUUUCCGUUUUAGAAAGAUUGUUUUUUUUAAAGGGACACUAUAGUCACCUGAACAACUUCAGCUUAAUGAGGUUGUUCAGGUGAGAACUAUAGCGACCUGCACCCUUUCAUGUAAACACUGUAUUUUCUGAGAAAAUAGUGUUUACAUUGAAAGCCAGGAACAUCUCCAGUUGCAGUCACUCAGAGUGAAACAAAGGCAUAAUAUGCCUCCAUCCACUCAGAUCUGCUGUGCACGAGCAUCCUGCAAUUCAGUAUCUCCUCCCAAUGCAUGCAGACACUGAACUUUCCUUAUAGAGAUUCAUUGAUUCAAUUCAUCUCUAUGAGGAGAUGCUGAUUGGCCAGGGCUGGGUUUGAAUUGUGCUGGCUCUGCCCCUGAUCUGCCUCUUUGUCAGUCUCAGCCAAUCCCAUGGGGAAGCAUUGUGAUUGGAUCAGGCUGCUUGUUUUUCUGAGUCUAACAGCAUGCAGAUUUACAGCUUCUGGCAUGAAUACAGUAGGAUUUUUACUAUAUUUAUGUAGGCAUGAGGGGCACAGGGGGGCUAGAUGGUCAUGUUAACACUAUAGGGUCAGGAAUACAUGUAGACGCACUGGUGACUAUAGUGUCCCUUUAAUUGGAAUAUUUGUCAGAGUAUAUUUUUGUUUUUUUUGCUAUCUGGAUUAGUGAUGUACAUAUGCAAUAUAUGACAAGAUUAAAUAUUAAAAUAUUGUAUUUAGUUUACUUUAUAUGUUUAUCAACUACAGGGAUAUGAGUUCUCUAUGAGUGUAUAUGGAUUAACUUUGGAUAUUUUUAUCUUUAUUGCUAUUAAGAAAUAAAAUCAUUAUGUAUAAGAGUGCGGGUAUUUCUUUAAUAUAAAACUUUAAAAAAAUAAAAUUUCUUAAUUUCUCUACACGUUUCUAGAUAUUAUUCAUAUUAAAGUAUGUUUCAUAAAUAAAUAUUUAAAGGGACACUCAAGGCACCCAGACCACAUCAGCUCAUUGAAGUGGUCUGGGUGCCAGGUCCCAGUUCCCUUAACCCCGAGCAGCUUAUUACUGCAAUUUUUAAGAAACUGCAAUAAUUACAUGCUAGGGUUAACUCAAUCUCUAGUAGCUGACUACCAGACAGCCACUAGAGGGACUUUUGGCUGUCUGACGCAGGACGUUCUCACGCUAUCCAUGGGGAUGUCCAGCGUCCCCCCAAACCCCAUAGGAAAACAUUGAAUAAUGCUUUCCUAUGGGUAAAUCCUAAUAUGUACGCAUGCACAUUAGGUCUCCCCUGCCAGCUGACAUCGGCAUCAGAGAAGGCAGACCUGAGCCACGCACAUAGGCACUGAACCCAGGUAAGUGACAAAAGGGUUUUGUAACCACAGCGGGAUGGGGGGGUGGCUUAAUGGAGGGGGAAGCUAUAGUGCCAGGAGACGAUUUUGUCAUGUGUUAUCAAAAUGAUAUAUAAUAAGUGUGGGUGCACUUAAUAUAAAAGAUGUAAAUUUUGGUUGAACAGAGAUAUAGCUCAAAUUCUAGGUUUUGUUUUAGUUCAGAACUUUGACAGGUGUCUUUAUCCUUUAGGGGUUAAGCGUGCAAUGUAAACGUUUCUAAAAAACUAAAAUGGCAGGACAUCUGCACCCAGACCACUUCAUUGAAACGAAACACUAUAGUGUGAGUGACUAUAGUGUUCCUUUAAUGCCAUAUGUUUUAAACAAAUCCUGUAACAAAUCCCUGGAAAUCCAGUACAGGUGGACUGCAUGGAUGACUUGUAGUUUGAACACAUGCUCCCACACAUGUAGCAUACAUAUGUUAUAAAUAAACUAUUCCAGUCAUGUCAGUAAAUAAUCUGCCUAAAUUUUUUAUGCAGAUUUCGGUUUAGAUUUUUAAUAACCUGAAUUAUGCAUGGUGGCUGUGAGAGUAUGUAUUAAUUAUAUGCUGUUUCCCUGUAGUCUGCAAGAAAAAUGUUUUUUCUAAACUAAAAUGAUUUAAUUGGUUUAGUGCUAAACUGCUUUCAAGAAUCAAAGCUCACUUGCUGUUAAAUGGGGACAGGUGGUGUUUAUAAACCUCCAAGCUGACUCUUCCUUCAAGGCUUUUCAGCUAGGAACAAUGAGUCUGGUGGUGGCCAUUUGGCUGUUUGGGGUGGCAGGUAUUGUGAUAUGCUGAUACAUGUAAUAUCCUGAAUUAUGUUUAAAACCGCUAGAUACAUACAUUAUUUUAGGGGACACACACAAUACACUGAAUAAAAGUCCAAAUGACAAAAGUUUGGCUAAAAAUAACUAAACUGUAAUUAUGACUGAAGUGGAGAAUUUUUCUAGAUCUUUAUUGCUAAUGAAGCUUGGAGAAUGAAGUUGCAAGUAUUUAAUAUGUUUGAAUUGCGGAAUGAACAUUCUUAAAUGAUACACAAAUCUGUUAACGGUAUUGUAUUGUAACAGGGGACCUGUGUCUGAAUUCUAACUCCUAUCAUGCUCAGAUGCUGGUUACCGAGAAAUUUCUGGUCUGGUAUUAAGGGAAUGGCAAGACGCAGCAGACUACUUUUUUUUUUUUUACAUAAAACAGUGUUCCCUAUUUUUUGUUCUCUUUUAAUUAUGCUGAAAUUUCACUCCACAAUAUGUCUCUAAUUGGAAUUUUUGAUAACUUACCUGUGGUUUACCUGCUGCCUCUUCAGCUCUAGGCUGUAAGCGCUCAAUUGACACUGAGCUCAAAGCUCCUUGCAAGUGCUUCUGUCCAAAGAGAGACGGUGGACACCUUGCGGAGCCCAGGUAAAUUGUCAGUCUUUUCUCAAAUGCUUUGACUACUUGUAUAGGGAGGAUACAAGGACACUUCUGGCACCAUAACCACUACAGCAGUCUGUACAUGGUUAUGGUGUUUGGAGAGAUUCUCUAACUUUAAUAAUACAAAUGUCCGUCUGCAAACAUAGUAGGAUUGUAAGGAGAGAGCACCUCUAGUAGACAAGUGACAAGACACCCUAAUUCCCAAUGGAUGCAAUGAUUUAGAAAUUUGCCAUUUAAAAAAAAAAAAUUUAAAGUAUUUGAUUAUUUUAGACUUGUAGAUUUUAGAUGGCAUUUUGGCGAUUUCUAAAACUGCUACGAUGGAUCCAUUGGGUUGAAACCUCCACCUCAUGUCCAAAUUUUGAGGGUUAUGUGCGUGUUGUGUUGUGCAAAACCACUUCUUAAACACUGUGCUUUUUUGUGAUAUGUUCUCUUUGUGCACUACUACAGAAAAUUUUCUCCAUACUUACCGUGAUUUUCUUUUCCUGGCUAUAAUUCAUGGCAGCAUCACUAUUGGGCUAGCUCCGCCCCUAACAGGAACAGGACAGGAAACAAUCAAUUACAACCAGACUGUAGGUAUAAAAGGUGCCUCCUCCCUCCAACCCACAGUCUAGUAUAAAGCUAAAUAAAAAAAAAUUAAGAAAAUUGGGAGGGUUGCUGAUGCUGCCAUGAAUUAUAGCCAGGAAAAGAAAAGAGAACAUUUUCUGUAUUCCUGGCCAGUCAUGGCAGCAUCACUAAUGGGUAAUACCCAAGUUCUGCAACAAAGGGAGGGUGAAUAAAAAGAGACCCCAAUAAUUUUGCUGCAAAAAGAGAUUUAUUCAUGAGAGAUUCACUGAUGACAAAACCCCUCUACCGAAGGAUGAGGAGAAAGAAGCCACAUCCAGCUUAUAAUGUUUGAAGGUUAUAGGCAAUGACCAGGUGGCUGCCCUGCAUAUGUCGUCAGGAGGAACCUCUGCCCAGUUAGCCCAGGAUGUAACCAAUGCUCUGGAAGAAUGGGUCUUUAUCUUUUCCGGAGGGGAGAGAUUCUUGAGUUCAUAUGCCAUUUUUAUGGUGUACGAAACUCAUCGCCUUAAAGUAGCCAUAGAGGCCGCCUCUCCCUUUCUGUAUCCUGACGGGAUAAGAAAUAAGUGCUGCGAUUUUCUAAAUAGCUUAGAGACCUCUAUAUAUAUUUAUUACACAUUCCCUUACAUCCAACUGAUGGAGUUUAACUUCUUCCGAAGAAGAAGGGUUUUGGUAAAAAGGGAGAAUCACUUCCUGUGCCAAGUGAACAUAUGAAACCACCAUAGGUAGGAAUUCCAUUCUAGGUCUUAAAAUAAUCCUAUCAUGGAAAACCUGAACGUGAUUUGGAUCACUGGAGAAGGCUUGAAUUUCAGACAUUCUUUUAGCCGUAGUGAUUUCCACCAAGAACAAGGUCUUGUACGUCAGAUUAAUUAUACCCAACUCAUCCAACGGAGCAAAGGGGGAGUCUGACAAAACAUCCAGUACUAAAGGAAGAUCCCACGGAGGUGCAUAGUUUCUAGAUGGAGGUCUUAUGCGUAUAGCUGCCUUAAAGAACCUCGCAAUGAUAGUCUGAUGCCCAGGAGGUGUUACACAGAGCCGACAAGGCUGAUGACUGUACUUUUAAAGUGCUUAAGCUCGGGCACUUCUCCAGACCUUCGUGUUGAAAUUCCAGAAUAUCUAUAUUUGAAGGUUGUAGGAAAUUCUUGGAUUUCUUUUUUUGUCCAUAAUUGAAAUAAAUUCCAUAUUCUGUGGUAACACGCGGAGGUGGAAUUUUUUCUGGAUUUUAACAGUGUAUUCACAACAGGUUCUGGUAAUCCUUGCUCUAUAAGUCUCUGCUUUUCAAGAGCCAAGCCCCCAGUUUCCAUUGAUCUGGGUUGGGAUGCAUCACUGGACCUUGUAUUAACAGAUCUGCUCUCUGAGGAAGAGGCCAUGGAGGAACCACGGUCUUCUCGGCCAGCUUGGAAUUAUGGCAAUCACUGUCUUCCGUUCCUUCCGAAUUUUUCUCAACAACCUGUGAAUCAUUGGCAGGGGAGGGAACGCAUACCCCAGAUCAAAGUCCCAGGGAAGGGAAAAGGCAUCUUGUCCUGCUGAUUGAUAUCUGCCUUUAGGGAAAAAUACUUCAGGACUUGAGCAUUCCGAUAUGAAGCCAUCAAAUCGACCUGGGGUGUGCCACACCUUAACGAUAUCUGAUGAAAUACCUCUGGGUUUAAUUGCCAUUCUCCUGAUUGAAUCAUCGUUCUGCUUAGUCUGCCAGAACAUUUUCUUUUCUUGGAAGAUAUACUGCUUUCAGGCCCUGUAGGCUGUUUUGAGCUAAUUCCAUCAAUGGGAAUAUUUCCCUUAAUAGAGCAUUGCUUCUGGUCCCACCUUCUCGGUUUACAUAUGAGGCCACUGCUCUGUUGUCUGACUGGAUUCUCACCCAAGAAUUUGUUAUAUCUUGUCGAAAUCCCUGCAGGGCAUAGAAUAUUGCUCUUAGUUCUCUUAGGUUCGAGUGCAACUUUCUCUCUCUGUGUCCAUGUGCCUUGUAUCCAUUUGUUUUCUAAAUGCACACCCCAUCCUUGGAGACUUGUGUCUGUAGUAACUGUUUUCCAUAGUGGAUCCUCCAGAGGAAAUCCCAAGGAUAAGUUCUUGUUUUUCUCCCACCACGACAGAUCGUCUAUUGUUUUUUGAGAAAUAGGAAUUUUUUGAUUCCCAGUUGCCCUCUUGUUUCUUGAAUUCCUUUAGAAAUUGUAUUUGGAUGGGACGCAUCUUCCACUGGGCCCAUUUCACCAGUCCUAUAGUCAAUGUAAGAGAUCCUAUAAGGCUCAUGAAUUCCCUUGCUGUAAUGUAUCUCUUGUAGUGAAGAAUCCUGAUCUUCGUCCGAAUCUUCUCCAUUCUUUCUGUAGACAAACUCACUCGACGGAUUACCGUAUCUAUGGCAUCCCCCAGGAAUACAAUAUUCUGAGAGGGAACUGUCAUACUCUUUUCCAGGUUCAGUUUCCAACCAUGGUUCACGAGGAUCUCUAUGGCCCACUGAGUGUGGAGAGCUACCUUCUGGCUGGAUGGACCUAUAAUCAGAAAAUCGUCCAAGUAAUGGUAUAUCUCUAUCCCUUUCUUUCUGAUUACUGCUACUAAUGUGAUGAGUACCUUUGAGAAUGUUCUCGGAGCCAGGCUUAGUCCAAAUGGAAGUCCUUUGAACUGGUAGUGUCUUCCAAAUACACAAAAUCUGAGGAACUUUCUGUGCCAUAUAUUGAUUGGAAUCUGAUGAUAUGCAUCUUUCAAAUCGAUAGACGUCAUCCAAUCCCCCAUACUGAUUGGUUCAAUAGUCGAAAUGGAUUCCAUCUUGAAUGUUUUUCUUUUUAGUUUCGAAUUCAAUUUCUUAAAGUCCAGGAUCAGCCUCCACUUCUUCUAUGGUUUCUGGGCUAGAAAAUCUGUAGAAUAGUGACCCUUUCUUUGUUCUUUUAUUGGAACGUAUUCUAUCACCUGUUCUUUUAGGAGUUUCGAGAUGCAGUCUCUCAUAGCUGUCUUUUUCUCCUUUUGCUACCCGAGACUGGGUAAACAUAUCCUUUGUUGGAAUGGCCUCAAAUUCUAACCUGUAUCCUUCAGCCAAUAUUGAUAGGACCCAGACAGGAUAAAAGAGAUGCAGUCUUCCUCCUGUAAUUCCUGGCUGGGCCGGCACACAUUCAGAAGUUUUUCCCUGGCUUAGUUCCUCUUCCUCUGGAAGAUUUUUGCUGAGUGUUUUUCCAAUUGGAUCUGAAAUACUCUUUCCCAGGUUUAUAUGCCCUGCUUUCACGAAAGGCACGGUCUUUAUAUCGUCUAUCUUUCCAUGCAGUAGAACCAUAUUUUCUGACUUGUGGAAGAAAGGCUUUUCUCCCAUCUGCUGUUUUAUGGAUAGCUUCAUCCAAGACCUUUCCAAAUAGGAGAUCACCUUGAAACGGAAGAGCACACAAGGACGCUUUAGAGGCGUAGUCUGCUCCCCAGGAGUGCAGCCAUAAUGCUCUUCUUGCUGCUAUAGACAGGCCUAUGCUUUUUGCCACCAUUCUGGUAACAUCCAGGGAUGCUUCAGAGCAAAACUCUGUCGCCAACUUCAGAUCUCUCAGUCCUUCCAGAAGAUGAUCUCUCCAACUCCUUUGGCGAUCUCCUCCUCUAAGUUGUCUAGCCAUACUUUGAAGGCUCUUGACAGUGUUGUUAAUGCUAUUGCUGGAUGUAGCGCAGAUCCUAACACCGGGUAUGACUUUAUCAGACUGGAAUUCUAGCCUUUUCUCCAUAGGUUCUCAAAUAAGCCGUGGAGUCAAUAGGAAGGGCUGUCUCUUUUGCCAUAUGUAUAACUGCGGCAUCAAUCUUGGGUACAGCAGGUUUUGCAAUCUUCUUUAGCAUACGGAUAUAAUCUGAAUGCUUUGUUCUUCAACAUCGCUUUUCUCUCAGGUUUCUGCCAUUCUUGGGAAAUUAUCUCUUUUAUUGUAGAGUGUACCGGAAAGGUAGGUCUAUUAGCUCUCAAAUCCUCAAAAUAUCUAUCAGAUUCCUUUAUUGCAGAUUCUUCUUCUGGGAAUCUCAGGGUCUCUCUUAUUAUGUUGAUCAAUUUAUCAACAGAUUUCGAAUACAGAUUUCUGGAGGCAUAGUUAACUUCACCUUCCUCUUCGUCCGACAUAUCCUUCAUCUCCAUACUAUCACUUGACUCGGAGGAGAUUUCUUCCCUUCUCAAGCGUUUAGAUGAGGACAUCUUGCUUGUGGAUUUAAACCCUUCUGCAAUUGCCUCUGUAAUCCAUUUUUUCAGUUCUGUUGGUGGAGACUUUCUUCCCUCAGCGGCUUCUGUCAGACCAUCUUGACAUAAGUUUCUUCCAUUGGGUGCAAUUUGAUUGCAGUUAACUCACCUAUUUGUUUUUUCCUUAUGCUUCCUUGGUGAUUCCUCUUUUGGAUUACUCGGGCUGUAAAAAAAAAAAAAAGGCCAUUUUAACAAUAAUAUAUUUUUGGCCCAUAGUGGCACUCUUUUACCCCCCUUUUAAAGGGUAAACGUAUGUGAGGCUCACCUAUGUUUUCUAGACAAAGAUCUUGAGGCAGAGUGAGAAGCCAUCUAUUUUAAACAAAAAAAUAUUUUUGUUAUCCUAUACAUUCCAACUAUAACUGAACAACAGAAUACCAAAUUCAACAAGAAAAGAAAAAACAAAUUACCUUAUGUAUCAAGAAUUUCAGUUUAGGGCAGCCUUUAAACACACCAAAAACUGUUCCAUACUUCAGCCAGAGACUUCAAAACUUCACCAGAGCGUUUUUAUAUAGGAUUCCCGUUUUUUAAAAUUUUGGCACGAUAUCUCUUUAAGAGCCCGGCGGUUCGCACAUGCACAAUAGAAAUUUCACAACGCUACUGCGCAUGCCCCGCCCUCCGAACCCCGAAGUAUCCCCCGGCCGGUGAAAACAAGCAAGCAGAGAACUCUGCAAGCCUCCAAUAUGAAAAUACAAGAAAACAAAACACUGAAUCUAUUCUACAAUGGGUUUUUAGGGUAAGACCAAUGAUUUUUUUUUUAGUCACUUACCCAGCUUCUUUCUGCCACAAUCUCUGAGGGGGUUAUUGAUGCUUAAAGAGGAAUUUUUAAGGAUACACCGACGCCAUAUCAUUGUAUAUUUAAAAACAGCCCUGUUUUCCAUGAAGAGGUACAUAUACUAAAAUGUACCUUAACUCAGUUAGUCCUGCUUUUGCAGGCUGAUUACUGAGUUCUUCAGAUAAAAAGAGGCUGAACUUUAUCUGGUAAGAACCCAUGGUUCACAUGGGAAGGUGGCCUCAAAAGAAAAUGUAGUAUAGGAUAUAAUUCCUGUUUGUCCUGCUAAGGACAGAAAAAAAGACUGAGUUGGAGGGAGGAGGGACCUUUUUAUACCUACAGUCUGGUUAUAAUUGAUUGUUUCCUGUCCUGUUCCUGUUAGGGGCGGAGCUAGCCCAUUAGUGAUGCUGCCAUGAAUGGCCAGGAAACCUUGUUUUGGUCCAUAUGGCGAUAUACCUCUUAAUUCUUGUGAAAUAAUGCAUUGCAUGUUAAAUUAUUUAUCCAUAGUACCAAUGUUCUUAUUUAAUUUUUAACAUUAAUUAUUUUCCCUCCUCGUGUAUUUUAUAGGUUUUGCACCUUGGCUAAUUUUAGGAGUAUAGUUUUUAUUAUAAUUUAUGAUGUUAAACCAAAAAGUUGUCACUUGUAUUUAUAGUAUUGUUAUGUAUAUAUGUCUUACUCUAUUUACGGAUUGCACAUGUGCUACAGUAGUAGAGAGUAUUGACAGUAUAUGAACUUGAGACUUUUGCUAGACCGGAAUAUGCAAAUUGAAGUCGGGGAAUUUGCCCAAGCAGAAACCGUAGCUCUGCAGGGUUAAUCCAGCCCCUAGAUUCUGUAUUCUUGACAGCCGCUUGAGGCGCUUCCGCGACGCUCAAUGCGAAAAUCCCAUUGAGCACGCAGAGCGUCCAUAGGUAAGCUUUGAGUAAUGCUUUCCUAUGGGCGGUUUGAAGUCGGCUCUGGCCCUGCAUGCGCAUUCAGCUCCACUCAGGAUGUCGGAGGGGAAGGAGAGGUCACCGGCGCUUGAUUAAGGUAAGUGGCUGAAGACAAAUGGCCUUUUGCCUAAACAUUAUUCAGGCCAGGGCACCUACUGGCUAGCAAGAGCCACAUUCCAAGGGUGCUUGGGCAUGUAUUGACUAGCAGUCAAUUUCUUUAAGGUGCCUGCAGGUAUACUGGCAAGCAGGGGUGAUUGGUGACAACCACAGGGCACUCUCUUGGAGUGUCACUGUCUAGCAACCUAUCGCGAGUAGAGACUAUUUCCUGUAGAUCCUGUGUGUCAGGAGACAGGAACCACUUAUCCCACCUAGUGGUGAGCAGGGUCCACUUUCCUGGAGCACCAAUGGCAUUUAUUGACAAGUAGGGAGACUUUCCUUGAGGGAUUCCUAUGCGAUUAUAGGCAAGCAAGAGGCCACUUUCCAAGAAAGCCUGUGUGAAUAUUUCUGGUCAGGGGCUACUUUCCCAGGUUGACUUAGUGGUUAUUGGUGAGAAGGGGCCAGUCUCCCAGGUUGCCUGAGCCUCUUUCUUGGCUUUGAGAUCUGGAGAGUGGGAAAAAAUAACAUUUGCCUGAAUACUGUCUAGGCAAAAGCUUUUUGGUGUUUGUGUAGCAUGCAAAGUACAACUAACUUAGUCUAGCUGGCUUUUUAUAGCUUUUCCCUAUGGCUGUGUUUUUACUUUUGUCUGCUGUUGCAGGGUUGUUUGGAGCAGAGGUGGUCUACAAUGAUACCAUCCUGCAUAUCAAUCAACGUAAGUAACGUUUCAGUAAAAUAUAUAAUGUACCACCUGGAUUUCUCUAUAUUGUAAAGACUUGCAACAAUAUUUGGCAAAUGUACUAACUUGGCACUAGUGCAUCAAUACAUUGGGGGGAGGGGGAAAGAAACCUACAUUUUAGGGAAUAACAAUGUGGACAGACCAUCAGAUUUCUAGGCCCACUACACAGCCAAUGUUAAAUAAAUGUUAUGCACAAUGUAGUUUUUUUAAAUAUUUAAUAUUUAAUAUUGAUGUGUCCCUUUCUUCCACAAUUCCAACAUACUACAUCCAACAUACUACUUGCUGUCGGCUAUUGGGCUGUCUGGGGGCAGUCACAGCCAUUAGGGCUGUUGGUUUCUUGUGUGUGUUAGAAUUGACCUCUAACCCCAUGGCUACUUUAACUAAAUCAGAGUACUUGAGGCCUCUCCACUCAGGGCACGCUGCCUGUAAUGCAGUUCAAAAGGGGGUUGGGGGUGUAAAUCAUCCAUAAAACAAUUAACCAAAUGUCUGAUAGACAGGGGGUACGCUUUUGAGUACCCCAGCGAUUCACAAGCUAUUUGAAGGCAGGCAAGAGGAUUCCUCUUUGCCCUGUACAGUAUCAGUGAGCGAAUUCCUCAACUUUAACCUUAACCCAGACCUUUUAAGGCUGUUACAUAUGCUUUACCCGAGGCGUACUUAGCCCAGAACCAUGACUCAGGCUUGUAACCUUCACCUGCUUUAAGGUCUGCCUCAUGGGUGUCAGUGUAUUGUGGAAUGAUUUUUGCCAUUAUAGGGCCAGCCUUUAAAUCAACAAUUUGAUUCAAAUCUCUCCAGGUGCACUGUGGCCUGAAUAGCAUCUAUAGACUGUAAAAGUCCCACAGGAACAUUUUUCCCAUCAGGUAGCUGUUGGAUUAUAGCCAACUGCUCACUAGGGGUCCAUUGCUUAUACAAUUCCCAUGUGUGCACGGUGGAGCGGGGUGCUAGUUGAAACAGCACCAGCGCCUGUAUUUUGUUCUAUGGUAAUGAUGCAAGAUUGGUCAGGCUCUGGGAGACCAGAAGCAUCAGGGGGACUCAGAGUGGCUCCAACUAACUGGAAAAGUGGAUUUGGUGGUACUUCACUCUGUGGGACAUGAGUAAGGUGGUGAACUGGUGGUCUAGGGAAUCCACAACUUCUACAUUUUUCUUCCCACCAAGAGUUAGUCCAUUCAGAUCUGGGGCAAAUCCAAUAAGAUUUUCGAGUAAAUGGAUUAGUAGUGGAGACAGGGACUUAAGCGGUCUGUUUGAGAGACGACUUGGGGUCACUCUCAUCCUUACCCGGAUAAGGUGGUGGGUUGUAUCAGAUACUAGGGACUAUCGCUGUAGAGUUUGAUCCCAAGGCGCCAAAACAUUGGUAGUAGGGUACCCCAUUCCUAGUGGUUUCUCUACAACUACAUUUAGUCAGAUCUACUGCAGUAUCAUGCCAUUGUAGGGUGACUUCAACUAAGUUGUUAUCCAUUAACCACCCUUUAUAAUUGGCCAUGAAUUCUUUCAACAUCUGGGGGUCAAGGGAGCCUUCAGAAGGCAUCCCAGCUUUCUUAAGAAGCUUCUUUAAAGUUUUGACUGCCUCUUUGCCCUUAUGAUGUUUUACUAUGGUUAGGGCAGUAUAUUCCUCCUGAGUACUCUGUGAAUUCCCCAUUAAAAAUACUUAAAUGCAGCUGCUCACUUUAAGCUAGUACAAGAACGUACUUAAUUAGUGUAGGUCAGUAUACCUGUCCUGGGGAAUUUCUAUUUCUAUUCUGAUCUGGAAAUAAACUAGGCAGAUAAUAAGAAUACGAGGAAAGAAUACAUAGAUGGGUUAGUGCUAGAUAACAGAUAUUAAUACGGCAGCAACCCUAAAAAGGUGAUCCUUCUCAACCUUUUAGGAAAAUACAAAGGAAAAAGACAGACAAGGGCUGCGCCACACGUUAUAAAAUGAAUUACAAAAUAUCAUAAAGUAUCAUAAAGUGAAAAAAUAAAGUAAAUACUGUGAGUCUUAUUCCAGAUGUGAAAAAUGUCACAUAUAGGAUUGUCUCUAGAUCAGAAGAUGGGUUCAACUGUUGUCCCUUCUACUGGGGGGUCUUGUUGUCUUGGGUCUCCGUAUGUGGGUGAGAAGAAACACAGAAAAAAACUAAUAGUGCAGUAAGCCAAGGCUAAAUAGGCCUGUAAUUAAAUUAGAGUAUUACUCUCACAUUUGAGAGAGCUUAUGCCAGCUCUAGUAUGAAUUGCCUAUAGUGGUAUAAUCCCCACUAUUUAGGAUAUGGUGGUGGUGGGUCUUGAUGCUCAAAGACAAAAGAAUACCACAGAUAAUAAGAAUAACUUGGACCCCACAGAUGUACUUUGUAAACUACUUUCACAAGACAUUUUAUCAGAACAUAGUAUGUCCCUUUUAAAAGUGUUCUUGGGACAUGACAAUUUUUAAGUUCACAUUUACCUGGACACACAGAAUAAGUACAGCUCUGAUAGUGAAGGCAAUAGGUAGAAAAAUGCUCUUUCUUACCUUGCUGCAGCACUCGUUCAGUCAGAGACACCUAUUCUGCUCUCUAGGUCCGGAUAAAUGUAAUAGUCAUUCCCAGGUUUCGGCACCAAGAAUGCAUCACAAAAGUGCAGCUGACCAGGUACGAAAAACGUACCUUUUCAAGACUUUAAAAAAAAAGGGAGUCACUGGUUGGCUGAAAGCAUCAACUGAAGUCAAUCAGCAGCGCACCUUCCUGGAACUGAGAUUGAGAAGCUGGAGUCAUAUUUUUGGGUUAAACCAUUCUUGAACAGUUUAACCCCUCAAGGUAAGUGUGUGCCCAGGGGCCUCCUGGCGCCAUAACUUCAUAUAGAUGAAAUUGGUAUGAUGAUUGGAGUGUUCCUUCAAGCAAAGUUUCAAUGUAAAAAGUGUAUUUGUGUGUGAAAAUGCUGCUUGGGCUAGAAAUUGCAAGUCAUAUGUCCAUAUGCUUGGCCCAUAUACCCAAGCUGUCUGACUUCAAUUAUUUUAUUUCUGCAAUUUACUGCUAAUCACAGUACGCAGCCUGGAAGGUGAAGAUACAGCCCUUUUAUUUAGGAGCUUCUGUCCUGUUAUCCCAAUUUUGUUCCCUGGUGUCUCGUAUCUGGGGAAACCAGGGAACUGUCCCUAGAUGGCAGUGUUUGCAUUGUUUGUGUCGGGCAUUAGUACCAUACAGAGAGUGCUUCAGCAGACUCUUUGGAUGGUGUAGCAUGUGUUGGGCUGGCCUGGAGGCGGUCAGCUUGGCAGGAUGAUGCCAGGGUGAAAAACCCUUAAUUGUGGGUCCAUCUAGUCCCAAUUAGUCCACAAAGUUCUCUAUUCUCCUGCAAUCUUUGAUAUGUAUACAUUUUAUGUUUUCUGUAUGUUCUGUUUCACUGUGGGAGUAGGGUUGAUGAUUAUGUAUGAAGAAUUGCGCUCUUUUGGCUCUUUCAUUUUGGUUCGAAUAUUUGUUGUACUUUGUGCAUAGUCUGCAUAGUGCGGUAAAUAAACAUCUCAUACUCCUAUUCUUAUAUUCAGGUUUUUUCCCGGAACAUCUUCCAAACAGCAGCUUUUUAAUGGAAGGAGAUAUCAUUAGAAAAGUAAGUCCUGUUCUGGUAGCAUGCAGCUGGAUUCAAAGAUAAAGUUUACACUCUAUUUUGGUAGUGCAGUGGCACUGGUUAAUGCAUACAUAAUUUUAAAAUUCAGCUAGCACAAUAUGCAUGUUUUUGCUUUUGCCCCAUAUGUAUCCUACAUUAGUUGUGUGCACUGCCCUAUUGAAAUGGUUGUGUGUGCAUGCAUAAGUAUGCAAUAUGAUUAUUAUUUUUUUAAUAACUUCCUAUAAAGUGUUCCUAUGUCUUCAUUUCAAGCCACAGAAAUCAAAGACUUCAUUUAGUCCCCGGGUUUUGAAGUGGCCGAAGAUUAAUGGUUCUGCAAUUAUUCCGUAUGUCCUGUCAGAGAUCUAUGGUAGGUAAAAUCUUAUGUAGUAAAUCUUUUUUUUUUUUUUUUUUUUUAAACUGUACAUGGAUUCAUCAAAUUGUGUAGAGUGGAAAAUUUUGUGUAUGUAUACAUACACACACACACACACACACACACACACACACACACACACACACACACACACACACACACACACACACACACACACACACACACACACACACACACACACACACACACACACUUACAUGACUAUAUACUACCAGUGGUUGGAAAAGGCAGGACUUGAUCAUUCAACAGGUCAACAUUUCAAUAGAAGUGAGGAUCUACCACACCAGGCAAGACUCAAGGUGCAGACUGUGCAAAGAGGCCUCUGAAACAAUCUAGCACAAAGUGGCUAGUUGCAAGAUGUUAGCAGAAACAGCACACACUGAGAUGCACAACAAAAUUGCUGGGAUUGUGUAAAUCUGCACAGAAUAUGGGCUGGACCUGCCUAAAUCCAGAUGUGAGAUACCACAAAUGGUAUUUGAGAAUGACAGGGCCAAGACUUUCAGAUCCAGACGGACAAGCAAAUACUGGCUAACCAACCUGACAUCAUAGUGGUAGACAAGGACUAGAAGACUGCAGCAGUGGUGGAUGUGGCAAUACCCAGGGACUAGAAUAUUAGGAAGAAAGAACCUGAGACGAAUGAAAAAUACAAGGACUGAAAGAAGAGCUAGAAAGGAUGUGGAAUGUGAAGGCAAUAGUAGUCCCAGUUGUGAUAAAAGUUGGGGGAGUGGCUUCCGGGUGGUACAUCUGAGAUCGAGUGCAGUUCUAGGAACAGCUAAGAUACUGUGCAGAACUCCCAGCCCUCUGGUAGAGGACAUACCACCCAGGAGGAGUGAGAAAUCAAUUUUUAACUCCGUAUUUUCUAUACAUGUACCUUGUGGUCCUUGAGAAGCAUUAAUGAAAUAACCCUAAGCUAUUAAGAACUCUAAGAUAUUAUCAGAUCUGCAAAACUACUUCAUAGAGUCAAUUUAGAUUAUUAAAGACUGAUCAGGCUAUAGAUGCUCCACACAAUUACUUAGUAUUAGGUGCUUCCACUUAGUACUGCUUGAGGGAGAGGCAGCAGCUUUUGAAAACUACCUUUAUUCACAAAUCACAUAAUUUCCAAGAGAGACGCACACUAUCUAUUAAAUUCUAAAGUCCCUCCUGGUAGAAUGCUUCUUCCACCUUCGGGUUCGGCUACCGGCCUGCCUGAACUCCAGAUCACAGUUGUAGUUCACAAGUUUCUGGGAGGCGGGGCAAUGACGUUGAACAUAAUGACGUCACUUGUAAUCAAUGAUGCGUUUCGCAGACCCAAUUGACUUCCUCAGAUCUGCCCACACACUGCUGCCAAUUUUUUGUAAGAGAGCGUGUUAAUAUUUUAAAAGAAUUAUUGUGGACCCAAGGGAUUCACUGGUGGCAUCUGUGUAGGGAGAGGAAAUCCCUGACUUGGCUCUGAGUGAGGGUACACCUCUACUGCUUUUAUACUCUACUACUACUGCGUUUAUACUCAAACUUGUAUUUAGUUGCUACUCAUUACUCCAGCAUCUUUAAGAUUUAAGUGAGGAUCAAUAUACUUUUGAUCCUCGACUUGUAAAGACCUUAAAGAUUGCUCACAUUCCUUUAGUUUGUUAUAUGUAGAAAUAUUUGGGUGCAACUACCAUGCUUAAUUUAGAUUUUUGGCUACCCCAGACCAGUAAUUGCUAUACAUCACUUACCCAUGGCAUAUACUUUGAAGCUCUCAGAUACACCUAUGUAAAAGCUACUACGUACAUCGAUCAAGAUAAUCAUUCAUUCCUGUAUGUGUACACUUUUUAGACACUAAUACAUGUGUGCACACACUUGAUCAAAUCACCCUCUGGCCUCUCCUCUAGCUUGCCUGUGUAUUGGCACUGGGGAGGGCAGAGGUCCCCAAUAAGGCAAUUUGUAGUCAAUAAAUAAAAAAGAAACCUAUAUAUCUAUAUUUAAUGUUUGUGUUUAAGGACCAGUGAUAGGAGAAAAUGUUGUUUCUAUCAUGGCAUUCCUCGCAUGUAAUUUGCCUCUCAAUGAAGUUGUUGAGGAGGCUGGAGUUCCUGGGCACCUUAUUACCAUACAGUGUAAAAAGGACAUGCAAAGCACCAAAACAACUCCUAGGUGUACAGAUCAUGCCACUAGAGUGUAAUUCUGUCAUUUAAGAACUAAAUCACUUUGUUUAUAUAGCCCUAGCCACAACUUUCCUGACGGAGACUCUCUCAGCAUCCUUAUGCACUUCCUAAUCUGAAAAAAAGUCUACGUUGUUGUUAGCUUUUUUUUUUUUUUUUUUUGCACAAUAUAGUAAUUUUAUAUAUCCUGCUCGGUUAAUAAUCUACAGGAGCUUUCUAUGCAAGCUUAUAGUUCAACUAAUAGCAGGAGAUGAGAACUUCGCAAGUAAACACUCUGUGCUAUAGAUCUUAUUAAAAAUUAAAACUUUUGUGACUCCACAUGUGCUAGGGAGAAGUGUGGCUAUGACUGCAUUAACACAAUAAAAAGGGAAUGAACUCCUAAAUGGCAGACAACUGAGCAGUGAGACUGCAGGGGUAUUAGCUACACACCAGAUUUGCUUCAUUACCAUAAAUAUGUUUUGGUGGAGCAUGUAUUUAAAAAAAAUAUUUCAACAGUUUUAAUCAAACAUUGUGUUCACAAGUGGCUGUCCACGCUACCUCCUUUCUCUUCCUUGAGACUGCCACACUAAUCAGGAAGGAGAGGCUUAUGUUCUCAGCCAAGGCAUUCCAGCCCUCAUAAUAUCUUAAUUUCGAAUUACCCAAAAAUGUUUCUAUCCCAAGUGUGCUUGUGUUGUUGGGUUUUUUGUUGUUGCAACAAUUGAUGUCAUUGUUAUUGCAGAGCCUUCUGACGAGAAGAUCAUUUUGGGAGCUUUCCAGGUUUUCGAGGCUCUCACAUGCCUUCGAUUUAAGAGACGCACUAAUGAGAGAGAUUAUAUCUCUAUUCAGCCAACCCUGGGGUGAGGAUCUCCAGAAAAUCCCAGUGUGGGGGGUUCUAGUAACACAACAAGACUAUUGUAUGUGUAUUUAUUUAAAUAAAAAAAAAAAACAGGUUCUCUCUCUUCCCAUCUCCUAGACUUGUUCCCAACAUAUUUGCUUUCAUGGCCACAUAUUUUUAUAGCUUUCAGACUUUUUAUAGAAAAAAGUGGAGAUGGUUCCAUAACAUGCAGUUGCACAAGUAGUGUAUGUAUAAAAUGUUAACACUUCAUAUAGAGGUUAUGAUUUCUGUAUAUUGCUCCACUUCUUCCCUAUUACCGUGAAACCUAAUGCUAAUGGUGUCAGAAUGUUAAUUUGCUUUAAAGAUGCUUUUCCUAUGUGGGUCGAACUGGCGGCAUGCAGAUGGUCUCCUUGGCCUUUGAUUGUCUGAGGACUGAGCGAGGAAGAGGAGUAACUUUGCAUGAAUUGAUGCACGUGGCUGGGUUUUGGCAUGAGCACUCUAGAGCAGACCGUGAAAGCUUCAUCCAGGUCAACUGGGACCAGAUAUUGAAUGGUAUGCAGCUGAUGUUCUAUUGUAUUUUAACUGCAAAGUUAGCUGGGCUUAACAAGUCUCCUUGCCACCUAGAAUAUUUGUUAGAGUGAAGUUGACUUAUCUUCCUUGUAUUUUAGUACUAUUGUAUAAAAUAUGUGGGUGUAUAAUGGGUCCAGACUUAACAAUUCUUGUAAAAGAAUAAAAAUCACAUUUAUGCAUUUUCUCUCACCCACCCCCAGGUUAUGAGCAAAACUUCUGUAAGUACGAAACCAACAACAUGAUGGUCAAGUAUGACCUGAAAUCCAUCCUCCAUUACUCCAGGUAGCUUUUCAGUUUGUCACCAUUUACCCCAUCAUCCAUCUUUCACAUUCUGCUUCUGCAUGUUACACCCAUAAUUAUGGCUACAUCUCCUGUAUAGUGCAGUGUUCCAUUUAUAGUUUCAAAAGCCACUUGAAAGAAGAACUACCAUCAAAUUUCAAUUAUUUUUUAUGUGUCUGAGGAGCCAUGUUGAGUCAAUAUAUAUAUCAUUAUUUUAUUAUUUUUUCUUUCUUUUGUAAUUUUAUUUUUGUAAUUUUUUUUAAAUUGUAUUUUAUUUGAACUGUAUUAGCAGAAAUGCAUUGGUUCUUAACUAUAUUAAACAUUGAUUUCCUGUCUUUAGGUAUGCAUUCAGCAAAUCUGGACUUUCCACCAUCACACCACUUAGUCCUUACUCUGAUGUGGAAAUAGGACAAAGGUCAAACUUAAGUGCAUCUGACAUUCUGCGUAUCAAUAUACUAUACUCCUGCCCGCAGUACACGCCAUCAGACGGUGAGUAUGCUGCUCUAUAGGCACAAUAUUCAACAUAAACAUACUCACGGUAGCAAAGAUCCUACUAGCCCAAAACUGGAAAAGUAAAAAAGUACCCGCCAUAAAGGCAAUCAAGGACAGAAUGGAUGGAAUAAGCUCCUAUGAGCGGAUGGCUAACUGGGUGCAGGGCCAGGAGAAUAAGCAUGAUAAAGAAUGGGCAAGCUGGAGGCUCAGGCCGUGAGCUUCCGCCUCUUGUAGAGUAACUAAUAAUCUAGACACUAAUGACCACAGAGUCGACCCGUCCAAAAGUAGAAAAUAAUAACUAAGGGAAUACAACUGACAACCACAAGAACCCUAGCUCAAACAAAAAGAUACUGGGUAGCAAGGCUGGGGGACUCUAAAGUUAUUUCCCCCACACCAUGUUCCUGUUCUCCUCUCAAAGCGCCAACACAUUACCUAAUGCACACGUCACAUCACGGAAAAGAAGCCACCAUAGUCCAGGUACGAAAAGCUGGAGGGGAAAUAACUUUAGAGUCCCCCAGCCUUGCUACCCAGUAUCCAUUCUGUCCUUGAUUGCCUUUAUGGUGGGUACUUUUUUACUUUUCCAGUUUUGGGCUAGUAGGAUCUUUGCUACGGUGAGUAUGUUUAUUAACACUUUCUUAUGGGGGUGCAGUGAAAGUUCAGGUAUCAUAUGUAGCAGGUAAUAUUCAGGUUGCAACUGGACAAGGAGGCCGGUAGUGCUAGAGAUGAGACCCUGUAUUUGUGUCCAGAAUGCUCCCAAUAAAUGGCAGUCCCAAAACAUGUGUAGCAUGGCACCCGCUCCCACCUCACAGCGCCAGCAGAGCUCGGAUGAGCUCUUGUAAAUUCUUGAGUCUAUGUGGGACCAGGUACCAUCUCAUGGCAAUUUUACAGUAUGCAUCCCACAACGAGAGGCUCUUUGUGUUUGCCAUUGCCUCGUGCCAUUGUGCCAGUUAGUUGGUGGCCUAGCUCUCCCUCUCAAUGUAUCAUGUAGGGUCUUUUCUCACAUGAUUGGCCCUCCAGAAGGGUGUUGUAGCACAGGGACAGUGGUUUCCUAAGUUUAGUGGCGAGGAUCUGAUUGAUUAGCAGGGGUGGAUCUUUGGUCGCUUCUCUCAUUUUUCGUAUGUGCGGUAGUAAUGUUUUUUUUGUUCUGAGAUAGAGAUACAUGUCUCUUUGGGGUAGGGAAUGUUUUGAUCCUGGUUCCCUUCAGCAGUUCCUCCACCCUAUGUACGCCCCUGGUUAUCCAACUCACCAUGGGAAGGUCUGGAGAAAAUAUGGUCAGGGACUCCAGUGGAGCCUCUUUGAUGAGCAAGUGCGGAUCCAGAAUUAGACAGCUCCAGAUCCGCCAUGAGCUCAGCAGGAACCGGGAGUAG